UCAAAAACACAGUUUGGGAAUGGUAGACCACGCAAGAAAUUACGUAAACUAUGAGAUAACUGCCAUGAUUAGCUUACCUGCCGACAAAAUUUUCCAAGACUGAGCUUUUUCCGGCACUCUGUCCACCGACCACAGCAAUCUGAGGAAGGUCUAAAUUGCAACUCUGGCCAAUUGAGCUGAAAGCGUCUUGAAGCUUAUUGAUCAGGGGAAUCAGGUCUUCCAUGCCCCGGUUCCCCAUGGCUUCGUUAGCUCGGAGAGCCCCUACAACACAACGAAGACCAGAGGCUAACGCUAGCCGCGCUGACUAUGUAGGUAACGUUAGCUUAGCAGAAAGGUCCUCUCGGGUUACUCUGAAGUGUUGAGUUCCGCCGCUUCAAACAGCUUAAGCUUUUAUUCUCUCCUUGAGCACUUUAGGGGUUACCUAUAAUGCAAUUCACGCUAAUAUCAUUUCGUGUUAUUUUAAGCGCAAUAACAAAAUACUCAGUCAGUCGACACGGACGGGAAAACUCGCAAAACAAAACUUCCUCUACACAACCACCAUCCGGUUUUCGUAGACGACAUCCGAUCGAAACCGGUGAGCAUAGACCCGCCUCUUGUCUGCAAAAUCAGGUAGUCUAUUGGCUAUUUUUUCUGCCUUUCAAUCAAGCUACUAUUUUGUUUGGCUGACUGAAAGGCGUUUUCUUUACUCUGAACAAAUUCCUCAUUUUUCGAUUGGCUAACGCGAUUAUCAGUUGCAGACGCUUUACGUCACAUGCUCACUGCAAGAUGGCUGCUGCCACAGAGUGUGGAGUUGAUGCAAAUACUUCAGAAAACAACAUGUACAUAAAGAAAGCUCUGUCUGCAGCCUCUCCCCUCAGUCUGCGAAUUAUUGCUGAGUGCCCAGUGACAAAAGCAAGAGCUUGUGAUCUAAUACUGCCACACUGCGCCGUCAGCACCCCGGUUUUCAUGCCUGUCGGUACCCAGGGGACUCUGAAGGGAAUCACUGCGGAUCAGCUGGAUGGUCUUGGAUGUCAGAUUUGUCUUGGAAACACAUACCACCUGGGCAUGAGACCGGGCCCUGAUUUGAUCGAGAAAGCCAAUGGUUUACAUGGGUUCAUGAACUGGAAGAGAAAUCUUUUAACUGACAGCGGGGGGUUUCAGAUGGUGUCUCUUGUUGAACUCUCGGAAGUCACAGAGGAAGGGGUAAUGUUCAAGUCCCCCUAUGAUGGCAUAGAGAUCCUCCUCAGUCCUGAGAAAUCCAUCAGCAUACAGAACAGUCUAGGGUCAGACAUUAUGAUGCAGCUGGAUGAUGUGGUCAGCAGUACCGUGACAGGACCACGGGUGGAGGAGGCAAUGUACAGAUCCAUUCGCUGGCUGGACCGCUGCAUAGCAGCCAAUAAAAAUCCAGACAAACAGAACCUUUUCGCCAUCAUCCAAGGAGGCCUGGACUCAAAGCUGCGCAAGGCCUGUCUAGAUGAAAUGAUUCAACGUGAUGUUCCCGGUUUUGCUAUCGGAGGCUUGAGUGGAGGAGAGGAGAAGGAUGACUUCUGGCGCAUGGUCACACUGAGCACUGACCACCUGCCACGAGAAAAGCCUCGAUAUCUCAUGGGUGUGGGAUAUGCUGUGGAUUUGGUGGUAUGUGUAGCUCUGGGGUGUGAUAUGUUUGACUGCGUGUUUCCCACACGCACUGCAAGGUUUGGCUCUGCCUUGGUGCCUUGGGGAUCUGUCCAAGUAAAACAUAAGCAGUAUGCCAAGGACUUCCAGCCCAUAGACCCAGACUGCAGGUGUCCCACCUGCAAGAGACAUAGUCGGGCCUACCUCCAUGCUCUGUUCAAGAGUGACACUGCAGCCAUGCAUCACAUCACCAUCCACAACAUUGCCUACCAGCUCACCCUGAUGCGCUCUGUGAGACAGAGCAUUGUGGAAGGCCGCUUCCCUGAGUUUAUACGGACAUUCAUGAAGCGAAUGUUUCCCUCUUGUGACCAGUACCCCAGUUGGGCUGUGGAUGCUCUUGCCUCCGUCAACAUUACACUGGAAUAAAACCUGGAAGGCAGCUGUUGUGCUCUAAAUGGGGAUAAAUGUCAAACAGUGGCUAAAGAUUUUAUAUCUUUUAAAUGACUUUUUUAUGGAUGAUACUUUUAUACUCUUUGUUUAUAUUUUUAUAUGCAUUGUCAGUUUUGUUGACAAUGAAGAAAAUGACUUUUGAUUUGAAAGGAUAAAGCCUGAUUGUCUUUUUCAACAACCUGCUUUACUCAGCCUCUGCAAAUUGUCCUCAGAAUACACAUUAUGAUAAUCUGAGACUGAAUGGGGUUUAAAUGAGGUUUCAAACACAUUAACUAUCUCCACUGAUAUGCUCCAACACUUUUUGUUGUUACCAUGACUACACAGCCAGGCCCACCCACUUGGACUGUUUUGCCUUCCUGUCUUGUUUGUUAUGCCUGAGCGCAACAGAGGUAUUAGUUUUUUAUAUUAAUAAAUGUAUAUGUAUUUUGGUGUUUUAACCUAACAGACUAGUAGUUGUCAGCUAACUGCUUAAGGAGAUAAAUUAUUCUGGCUCAAUACAGAUUGUGUGCUUGUGUCAUGAUGACCACCAGAGGGCAAAAUAGACCAAAAUCAGAGCAAAGUCUGACUGAAUGAAAUGCUGUCUGAGUUUCUUAAUAUAGUAAACAGCAGGUCAGAUGUCUCUUAAUAAAAAUAAAAUAUGGUUAUAGUAAGAUUAGGAAUAUGAGCUGAAAUUUAGGAGGGCACAAAACAUUGAUAUCACAAUUAUUCACAAACUAAAGCCAGCAUCCCUCUAAAUAGUAUCAAAUAAAUCAUAUCCAUUGUAAUCUCUAAUUUUCUCACCAAUUAAAUGAGCUGUAAUCCUUUUGA